UUUUUUUUUUUUUUUUUUCUCUAUUUUUCUCUCUCACCUAUUUUUUUCAAAACCCCUAAUGUACCAUUCUGACGCAAAGUUUCAUCGGUUUGGUGGGUUUGGAAGAAAACAUAAUGUCGUUCAAUUUAAAAUCAGAGAUAAAACAAGUCCUUCCAUUAUAGGCAUUAAUAACACGAAACCUACACAGGCAACAGAGGCAGAACCAACCACCUCUUCUUCAUCAUCGUCUAAUUCAUCCAUCGAUCCCUUUGAUUUCCCACCCGUCAUUAAACGAACACCAUUACCUACCACAAAACUAGAAGAAGAAGAAGAGGAGGAGGAGGAGGACGAUAAUGUGUUUGAUUAUCCAGACAUUGCUCAAGAAGCGUUAGAAGUCAAACUCAUGGUGGCUUCCAUGCGAUCCAUACCACACAAUGAUAAAAAAAAGAAGAAAGUCUCUCCCGUCAACACACCCAAAUCUCUCUCUACCACCACCACCACCACCACCACCAGUCAUAUGAAGAAACCCGUUACAAAAGUAGCCACAUUAAACAAAAGAGCACCGCCACCACCAUCAAAAACCGUGCUGCAUAAUAUGGAUCGACAGGAGGCUUGCUAUUCGCCUCAACUAAAGCAACACUUGAUACAACAACAACAGAGAGAUCAACUAUUACUGAAACAAAAGAAAGAGCGCAUCUUACUAGAACAGCAAAUCGAACGAGCCUUAUUACAACAACAACAAAAAGAACAAGAAGCCAUGCGUCAACAAGAAGCUAGUUUUGAUAUUUUUGAUUUCGAUUAUAACCCGACCAUCAGACCGAGUCGAGUCAAGAAUGGAGCAAAAGCAACGUUAUUGCCAGAAAAGAAACGGAAACGAAAUGUGGUGGCGCAUCUAAAGACAGCGAGAGGAGAGACCACACAACCGAGUAAAUCAUUUGAUUUUUUAUUAUCGGAUGGAGAAGAAGAAGAUCUUGUAGGAACAAGCCAUCUUUUACCGUUACGUGAAAUCAAGGAACGAAGUCGAUCACCUGAAUUAACGUAUGCAGAACGUAUGGAAUUGGAAUUAGAAGCCAUGACACAAGUGACAAACGAGCCCAUGAUACCCGUCUGUGAAUCGAAACGUGUAGCUUAUACACCUCAAAAUAAGCUAAAUGUCAAAAUCACAUUUUCAUCUUCGUCAAAAAAAUAAUAAUAAUAAUAAUAAUAAAAAGAAGGUGUUUGUUUAUUUUGAUUUUUUUUAUUAUUAUGAUGAUGAUGAUUUACUAG